CGCAAAAUAGCUCUGUGCCAAUCGCAUAAAUGCCCAAACAUGUCUGAGUAGCCUCGCGAAAGAAGCGUUGAUGUUUUGGGUCAUGCUCCUCCUGGCCCGCCAAGCCAGAGGCUGGCGCGCCGCCACAGCAACACUGCGCCGCCUCACACCGCGCUGCGCGACGUUCGCACCACUCCCGGAGGACACAACAAAAGACGUCCUCGACUACUGGUUCACCGACGCCGAAGCGAGGCAGCGCUGGUUCGCCAGCACGGCCGCGUUCGACCAUCAAGUGUCAGACCGCUACGCGACCACGCUAUCAGCCAUCAGCGACGCUGAUGAAGCGGACGUAGCAACGUGGGCGGCGACGGCGCCCUUGGAUGAUGUCUUAGCCCACGUGCUGCUCUGGGACCAGGUGUCGCGGCACCUGGCGCGCGUCUCCGACACCGAUCCAAGCGCUCUGGGCCCGCUCGCGAUGGCGGCAUCAAGAGCUACAUUAAGCAGAGCCGACGACCUGAAUGCGGAGCGCCAGGCCUUUUUGCUCAUGCCGCUGCGGCACAGCUUCGACCGUCGUAUUCUCGAGGACGAAGUGCUCCCGCUGUCGCGGAGGUGCUGACUCAGAGCAAAAUGAACUUGAACUUGACGUGGUCGCGGCGAUGGCGUCCUCGCGAUGCCACUUCGCGUCGAUGGCGUCUUCAUGAUCACAUGAGAGUGCACGCGUCGCGCGAAUGUACACAGAGGCAGUUUCGCGACGGCGUCCGUGCCACACAGGUGGGCCAAGGAUGCUCAGGACUCCGAACGAGGCGUCUGGCGCCGCUUCGACGCCGCACUAUGUAGGGCUUUACUGAAACUGAAGACCAAGGACGGCCGUCCACAGGAGACAGACAAGCCGGCGAGUUGGGAACCCUUCUCUACUUUACUAGCAUCGUCACCUCCGUUCCGCGCGGACGCUUUUGAUGUGAAACCCGACGCCGUCGGUUCAUUAGCAGCGCACAAGGCCGCCAAGAAGUUUUUACUAGAAAGACUCGAGGAUAGUAACACCACAAAACUAAUCUGCUCGCUGUCUGGAGGCGUCGACUCCGUCGUGCUCACGUAUUUAGUAUCCCGAUUGCUACGGACGACGCCCGCGCUCAAACAUUUGUCGCUGGAGGCCGUGCACGUCGACUACGGGAACCGCGACACUUCGAGAGAUGAAGCAGAGUUUGUACAAGCAUAUGCAUCGUGGCUCGGCGUGCCGCUCUGGCUGCGAUCUAUCGAUAUUCUACAAAAGAGCGGCGAUAAUGUCGAGAGGGCGGCCUACGAAAGUGUCACGCGCGACGCGCGUUUUUGGACGUACGAAGAGGCCUGUGGGAGCGACGGCGUCGUGUUGUUAGGACACAACCGCGACGACACCUUCGAGAACCUCUUCGCCAACAUCAAUAGGAGGCAGCACUACGAUCAGUUAAGAGGCAUGACUGCUGUCAGCGAAGAGCGCGGCGUGAGGACGUGGCGUCCACUACUCGCAAUAGACAAAUCUAUGAUUUAUGACGCCGCCUCUGCUUUAAAGCUACCGCAUCUCGCGGACUCGACGGACCCGGCGUGUCAAAGAGGCGUGUUUCGGGAUCGCUGGCUUCCGGUCGUGCGCGACCGGCAGCCGCUCUUGUUACCUGGCUUAGAGGCGUUGGCGGACCACGUGUCGUUUCUCACGGAGGUCUGGCGCGAGAAGUGUUCAGAGUACGUCUCGACGUGCGAGCGGUUCGGUGGCGGCGCGUCGCUGCCCGUCGAAAGUUGGAUGUGCGACGCGCCGUCGUCGUUCUGGGUCGACGUGUUAAGACGGCUGGAGGCGCCGCACCGGCCCUCGAACAAAGCGCUGGAGAACCUCCAGAGCUGGUUAAGGAGGCAGCGUGCGGCGCGACGGUCGUCGACCUGCGAGCUCGGGGCUGUCAUGCGCGCCGAGUACGUUCCGGACGAGGACGUGCUCCGCGUGUACUUCCUGGACGAGACUUAAGCGUGUUUAUUGA